ACUUAAUAACCGUUAAUGGGCGGGGUCUACCCACGUGCUGCAGUCAUGUCAAUUCAAGUCUCAACUGCCAAUGAUGUAAAAGUUUACAACAUUUCCACUGGGAAAAGCCUACCAGAAUGGAUAUCAGAGAGAAAAAGAAGGUCACUGCUAAAGAAUGAUGAAAGUCUCAGAAGACGUAUUGAGUUGAUACAGGAUUUCAAGAUGCCUACGGCAACAAAUGUUGUAACCCUCACCCCCGACAGUCAGUAUAUAUUCACAGCUGGAGUCUAUAAGCCAAGAAUAUGCUGUUACGAUACUUCUCAGCUUUCAAUGAAAUUUGAGAGAUGCGUCGAUAAUGAAGUUGUUGCCAUGACAAUGCUCUCAGAAGACUAUUCCAAGUUUGUUUUACUUGAGACGAAUCGAAAGUUGGAAUUUCACGUUCAGCAUGGUCAUUAUUACUCGACUCGUAUUCCGACUUUUGGACGAGACAUGACUUACCAUUAUCCAUCCUGUGACCUCUACAUAGCUGCUUCAGGUUCAGAUAUUUAUCGACUUAAUUUAGAACAAGGAAUGUUCCUAUCUUCAUUAACUACUGUUGGGAGUGGUUCAAACGCUAUCUCUUUAUGCAAGGAGCAUCAGCUAUUAGCUGUUGGGACAGAGGCAGGAAGAAUCGAGUGUUUUGAUCCUCGCUCAAGAUCCCGUGUUGGGAUUUUAUCCGUCACCACCGACAACUCUCCAGUGACAGCAGUAAAGUUUAAUAAUGCAUUGACUUUAGCCGUAGGGACGGGUGGUGGAGUUGUCAAGUUGUACGAUAUUCGUUCAAGUGUUCCCUUCGCUGUUAAGGAGCAUCACUACCAAUUACCAAUACAAUCUGUUUCCUUUCAUAGCCACGACGAUCUCGUGUUAUCAGCUGAUAAGAAAGCAGUGAGAAUAUGGGAUAUCAGCGAUUGCACUCCAUUCACUAGCAUCGAGCCAGAGCAUGAUAUUAAUUCAAUGUGUCCAGUUCCAGAGACCGGACUAAUAUUUCUAGGUGUUGAACACUCUCAAGUUCUCUCUUACUUUAUACCAUCUUUAGGCCCUGCCCCCAAAUGGUGCUCUUUCCUCGAUAGCCUGACUGAAGAGUUGGAGGAAACUCCUCAGUCUAAUAUCUAUGAUGAUUAUAAAUUUGUCACACCCAAAGAUUUAGAGGAACUGGGUUUGUCUCAUUUGAUUGGUACUAACCUGCUCCGAGCCUACAUGCAUGGAUACUUCAUCGACAUUAGACUUUACCACAAGGCAAGAUCUAUUGCGCAACCAUUUGCGUACGAAGAGUAUCGGAAGAACAAGAUCAGAGAGAAGAUUGAGGAAGAGAGACAGAACCGCGUGCAAAAGAAGGCACUGCCUAAAGUGAAUCGCGAGUUGGCAAAGAAGUUGAUGUCAACUGAUGAGACAAGCAAUGAUAAAAAGAAAGGGAAGGCAAAGAAGACUGAAGCAAACCCAAUGACUGAUGACAGGUUUUCUGCUCUCUUCAGCAAUCCUGACUUUCAAGUUGACACUGACAGUCAAGAAUACAAGCAGUUGAAUCCUUUGCUCUCUCAAGCAAUGAAGCUUCAUGAUAAGACAAUGGAAGAGGAGGAGGAGGAGGGAGAGGAGGAAGAUGAAUAUGAAGAGAGGGAGUACAUCAAAACACGCCUCCCUUUUCCUCGUCCUACAGAGCCGGUUAUUUCAAUUGAAAAAGGAGAUGUUCGGAAAGGAAAUGGCCAAUUGUCAAAGUUACUAUUAGGAGAGAGACUCAUGGACUCAGAACCACAGGACAAACGGGAAACUAUUGAGACAAGUACUGGUGGUGCUUCUAUUGGUAAUGCACUGUCGACCUUUACUAUCAGAAAAGAAUCUGCUGUGAAACAGAAGCAAGCAAGCAUUGUGCAUAGAAGAGAAAGGAAGAGCAUAAGACGGUCAGCCUCCAAUAUCUUACCAAAAAGGAAGAAGGGCCAGGGAGUGUAUUGGAAGGGAAGGAGGAUCAAGUGAUAUUGGGGUCAUAGUGUACCAUUAUUGUGAUUAUCAGGAAGCUCACUCUGUUUAUAUUUAUAAUCUAAUGUUUAUUAUUAUGCCAAUUAAGUGAUCAUAACAUCAGGUACUGUAUGCCUUCUGGAUUCCCCCCUCUCUCUCCUCUUCCUUGUAUCUUCUUUCACUUCUAAAAUCUAAUAAUAAUGGAUAUUUAAAAACACAAA